AGUGACGUCACGUCGUCGGACUACUAUAUGUACAGUAUAAUAGCAUUUUCUGUUUCAGUUGUCAUUAUGAGAGUGCGGCUUGCUGGAAUGCGGCUUGAUUAAGUUCUGUUUUCGACUGUAAAAUGGAUUUUACUGUCAGCCGAAACGUCACGACCAAUGAAAUUAGGGAUAAUCUAAUAUUUGUUUUAAUUGUUUAUUUACCAUUAGACUUGGUGAUCAUUUGUGGAAACGCAUUUGUUCUCACUAUCAUUCGCCGAACUCCAAGUUUACAAGGGCCACAGUUUACUUUACUCGCCAGCUUAGCAUUUGUUGACCUACUCACUGGGAUUAUCGCUGUCCCCAUCCUUGUGUGGGGGCUUGUCAUUCGUGGAUCUCUCCACCUACCGAACAUUGAAAACUGUCAAUUACAAUACAUCCCCACGCAAAUUUUUGUAUCGACGUCGUUUCUUCAUCUUGUUUUUAUUACCACGGACCGAUACGUCUCAAUAGCUAAAUCUUUAAGAUAUGAACAAAUUGUUACUCCGACCCGAGUUUAUUGUGCUAUCACUGUCUCCUGGAUUAUAGCCUGCAUGUAUAGCGGCAUCCAAUUUCUCUGGAAAGGCAAACGGACUGAAGAUAUUUUUCUUUGCUACCAGAUGAAUCCACAAGGUAUUACAGUUCAACGUUACGUCGCUUUGAUCCUGGGUCUUACAUGUGUAAUCUUAAUGGUCAUAAUGUACUUCAAUAUUUUCAAGGUGGCAAGGAAGCAUAUAAAUACCAUAUAUCCAACAUCUCAGAAGACAGUCGGCGCACAGACAACUAUUCAUAAGAAAUUUAAAGCGGCCAAGACAUGCGCAUUGAUAGUCUGCGUAUUCGUCAUUGCCUAUUUACCUUUUGCUAUCAGAGGUGUUAUCUUCAUAUUUUUUCAACGUUCUGAUAUAUAUUGGUAUGAUUUGAUAUCGGAGGUGUUGUUGUGUAUGAGUUCGGCAGUCAACCCAUUCAUCUACGUGUUCCGUCAUAGGCAAUUCUCGUCUGCUUUACGUCGUCUCAUUGCGAGACUUUAA